AUGUCCAUCCUGCUACGUUUCAUUGUGCUGACGGCAGCGACAGCAGCGUGUCUGUCACAAUAUGCCACGAAUGGUCGCUCUGCUUGGGGCACUUUACCAUCGCAACAUUUCCCGACAUUUCUCACCGACGGGCCCUUGGGAGAUGGACUACCCUGGGGCUCGGCAAAUCCAGCUGGAGAACCGCCCAACACAGGGGUGACUCGGCACUACCAUUUCAGCAUCACGCGUGGCUUCAAGGCCCCGGACGGCUUCAAUAAGAGUGUGAUCCUCGUCAAUGAUCAAUUUCCGGGUCCGGCGAUUGAAGCCAACUGGGGAGAUAUUAUCCAGGUGACGGUCGUCAACAAUAUUGACAGCCCCGACGAAGGUGCCACCAUGCAUUGGCAUGGUAUGACCCUGAAAGACACUCCGUGGUAUGAUGGUGUUCCUGGUGUUUCCCAAUGCCCGAUCACUCCCCGUGGUGGUAGGCUCACCUAUACCUUCCAAGCGGAUCAGUUCGGGACUGGGUGGUACCACUCGCAUUACAGUGCUCAGUAUGAUGACGGGCUAUACGGUCCAAUGGUGAUCUACGGUCCCGUCCAGCCCGAAGUCACCUAUGACUAUGAUCUGGGACCGGUGAUGAUCUCCGACUACUUCCAUAUCAGCUACAACAAGGCGUUGGAACUGAGCUUUUCGAAGCCACCGGUGCCAUUGAGCGUCGACAAUAACUUGAUCAACGGCAAAGGAGCUUAUGACUGCAACUCUACCAACACACAUGGGAGCUGUCUUCCUGGGGCGGGACAUGCGAAGUUUCAAUUUCAGUCGGGGAAGCGCUAUCGACUGCGGCUUAUAAAUACUGGAUCACUUGCAAACCAGAAGUUUAGCAUUGACAACCACGAGAUGACAGUCAUUGCCAACGAUUAUGUUCCGGUCAAGCCUUUCAACACCAGCGUUGUCACCCUGGGCGCUGGUCAGCGGACAGAUGUCAUCGUCCAUGCUACUGGCUCUCCCACAGACGCCGUGUGGAUGCGAUCGGAUAUUGACAUGGUCUGCCUCCAAACGACAGCCAGUAUCCCUACGGCGCUUGCAGCUAUCUAUUACGAAUCAGCGAACCCCGAUCAUCCUCCGGAAACAAAAGGCUCGUCAUGGGAAAGCAACAACUGUCGUAAUGACCCAUUGAGUCAGGUCGUCCCAUAUUACCCAUUAGCUCCUCCGGAGCCCGAGACGGUCCAGGCUGUAACAGUCACCGUUGGGUUAAACGGCACGGGAUAUGCAGUCAUGUUCAUGGACGGCUCAUCCUUCCGCGCCGAUUAUCACCAUCCCGCACUGCUUGAUGCCAAAGCAGGAAACUUCUCUUUCCCCACAGAGCGGAACGUCUACAACUUUGGCAGCAACUCCAGUGUGCGGUUGAUUCUGAAUAAUAUGUAUGGCACUGUGCACCCCAUGCACCUACACGGCCACAACUUCUGGGUCCUGGCAGAGGGCCUGGGGACAUGGGAUGGUGAAAUCACAAACCCAUCGAAUCCACUACGUCGUGACACGCAUAAUCUCCAGCCCGGAACCCCCGACCAGCCAUCCUAUGUCGUCCUCGAAUGGAGGCAGGAUAAUCCGGGUAUUUGGCCUUUUCAUUGCCAUAUGUCUGUGCACUCCAGCGCCGGAAUGGUCAUCUUAGCCCUCGAACAACCGGACUUGAUAAAAGAGCUACACAUUCCUAUGGUCAUCCGCCAGACCUGUCAUCAUUGGGAAGAAUUCAAAAGUCCGUCGCUGGUCAAACAGAUCGACUCCGGUAUAUAG